AGUAGAAAUCGUGAAAAACCCAGCUCCGCAUGGUCAUCUUCUUGAGCAGAGCCCGAAUUUACGCAUUUUUAUUCUUUCAUACAAGCAGAAGGACUCGGUUCAAGAGUUGAUGGAGGAGCGAAAAAUGAAACGGGUCUCAUCUUGGCCCUUAUCCAAUUUUGACCAGAACAACAAAGAGAUCACACAUCGAAAAGCAGAUGAUAACGCUGCGCCUAGCUCGUCCGCCACUCCAAAAGGAAGUAACAUCUAUGACGUGUUCUUGAGCUUCAGAGGUAUGGACACUCGCAAAACUUUUGUGGAUCACCUCUACAACGGCCUCGUCGAUGCUGGAAUCUACGUGUUCAGAGACGACGAUGAGCUUCACGAAGGCGAGAAGAUCGACAACAACCUUCUCCAGGCCAUUAAGAAUAGUAAGAUCUCCAUUCCGGUUCUCUCUCAGAAUUACGCUUCGAGCAAAUGGUGCCUUAAAGAGCUCGUUCAAAUGACUGAGUGCAUGAAGAACAACGGACAAGUUGUUUUGCCCAUAUUUUACCGGGUUGAACCAACCGAUGUACAACACCAAGAAGGGAGCUUUGGAGAGGCUUUCUUCCGUUCAAGUGGGAAGUAUUCUGAGGAAGAAGUUGCCGAAUGGAAACAAGCACUCCACGAAGUGGGUUCUAUAAAGGGAUGGGAAUCGGAGAAAACUGCUAACGGGUAUUUCAUUUUCUAUAGAAACCUUAUUUUAUUUCUUUUAACCGGAUCUUGCUUGUAG